UGUUAAAGAAAAAGAAGUAGUCCAUUAUUAAACUUCAUUUCCUUUUUGGACUCUCUAUAUAUAUUUUUGCUUCACUAACCAAUCCAUCAUCCAUGAACCCUAAUCUUCACAUACCAAUGUUUCUUACAUUCCUCAUCACUCUUCUUCUCUUCCAACUUCUAAACCUUACCAAUGCAUCGCCAUCCCCACCUAUAACAGCCGUAUACGCCUUCGGUGACUCCACGGUGGAUUCCGGUAACAACAAUUACAUCCCUACUCUUUUCCAAAGCAACCAUCCUCCAUAUGGCAAAUCAUUUCCGGCCAAACUCUCCACCGGAAGAUUCUCCGAUGGAAAACUCGCCACCGACUUCAUAGUCUCCUCUCUAGGACUUAAACCCACUUUACCAGCUUACCUCAACCCUUCGGUCAAACCCGUUGACCUUUUGACCGGCGUUAGUUUUGCCUCGGCCGGAGGUGGUUUAGAUGAUCGGACGGCAAAGUCAUCAUUGACUUUGACCAUGGACAAGCAAUGGAGUUACUUCGAAGAGGCGCUAGGUAAAAUGAAGAGUUUGGUUGGAGACUCGGAGACUAAUCGGGUGAUUAAGAAUGCUGUGAUCGUCAUUAGUGCGGGCACUAAUGAUAUGAUCUUUAAUGUUUACGAUCAUGUUCUUGGGAGUUUGAUCUCCGUUUCGGAUUAUCAAGAUUCUCUACUCACCAAAGUCGAAGUUUUUGUUCAGAGACUAUACGACGCAGGAGCACGAAGGAUUACAAUAGCUGGACUACCACCAAUAGGAUGCCUUCCGGUGCAAGUAACACUUGCUAGCGUCAAAACUCCUCGCAUCUUCCAUCAUCGGAUAUGUACGGAAAAUCAGAACGAUGAUUCUCGGGUUUACAAUAAAAAGCUACAGAAGCUAAUCUUCCGUCUCAGUCAGAGGCUUCGAGGUUCCAAAGUUCUUUACCUCGAUAUUUACUCUCCGUUAAUAGACAUGAUCAAACAUCCUCGUAAAUACGGACUAGAGGAAACAUUGAGAGGAUGUUGCGGGACGGGGCUGCUUGAGGCAGGACCUCUAUGCCAGCCAUUGUCUCGGACUUGUGACGAUGUUUCCAAGUAUUUGUUCUUUGAUUCUGUGCAUCCUUCACAGAAGGCUUAUUCUGUCAUUGCUAGUUUCGCCUUACAAAAUUUGUUUCCUCUCCUCUAAUAAUCUAUUUUUAUUUGCAAAACUUUUUUAAAAAUUGUUUUUAAACAAUGAAGUUCUGGAUCUUUGGCCUUUUAUUUGCAAAUUUUCUUAAAAGGUAAUGGUGUUCUAGCUAAUUAUUAUUACAUGAUCAUAACUUCUAAGUUGUAAGUAACAUUUCAUAUUCUACAUUUUUUAAUAAACGCUGGAGUUCCGGACCUUUGGCCCAUAAUUUUUGGUAUCGGAAGCCAGUCUUUAGUCCACUCCUAUAUAAAGAAUAUCUCAGACCCAAAGAAAAAUUGGAUCCUAGACACAAGAAAACCAACCCCAUUAUACUACCACCACUAGCUAGGCCACCACCCAUUUGGUAAUAUUCCAUUAUUUUCGUAGGAUUGUAGUAAAGAAACAAUUUUUGACUUUGAAUUACAGUUAUAUAUCAAAUUUCGUAAACCUUGUGAUUAAGUUUUUUUUGUUUUUGGAUAAAAUCCUUGUAGUAGUACUAAAGUUAAACAUCGCUUCAUUUUUCAUAUGGUAAGAAUGUAAAAACAAAUAACCAAGUCUUACAAAUGGAGUUAUAUGGAGGAAAACACGUGAUAUUGAAAGCGAGGGUUGAACUACAUUGUUUU